CGGUCCAUGAUCAACCCUGGAACACCAAGUGGAUACUUGUCUCUUUGUUAUUUCCUCAUCUGGGAAUCCGUUUCCCAUCUUAAUUUUGAUUUUAACUUUGAUUUAGUUCGAUCGAAGAUCAAUAGAUUUUCAAUUGGAUCGAACUUGGUGGGAAGCUUUUGACGAUCGUGGAACCCUAACUGAUUGUAAUAUUGGGGUUUUGGUAUUUGAUUCAAAUUGGACGCUGUAUGAAAGGUAUAGGGGGAAGAAGGCGAUUAUAGAAAGCAAAACAAGAGAUUGCACACACAACAUGUCUGCGGUAGUGUGCGGGAAAAGAUCAUCUUUCUUCGAGGAUCAUAACGUACCUUCUUCAUCAUCUGCUUCGCCUCCUAUUUCCAAAAGAAUUCGCUGCUCUUCUUCUUCCCCUGUCAGAUAUUCUUCCACUACAUCAUCCAGGUUUAUUGCAAUCGAUCGUCUCAUUCUUCUGUUCCCUCAAAUGGAUAAGCAGGUUAUUUACUUACUUUGUUGCUUUUUUUUUCUCUGUACAUGAAAAAUUCCUGCUGUUUCAGAGGAGACGUAGACCAGUCCUAGAAUUAUACUAGUAAUUUGGGAAUCAACUUUGUGAUUUACAAUCCUGUUUAUGCAGCUUCUUGAAAAAGCGCUGAACGAAUGUGGCGAUGACAUAGAAACUGCCAUCAAGAGUCUUACUGAGCUACGUUUGGGCACUGUUGAGAACUUUGCAUCUGUUGUGAAUUCUGCUGCUGGGAACGAAUCUAAUCUGCAAUUCCAAACUCAAGCUAAUGGGGUUGCAAAUGGUGAUGCUGUGCCUGUUGAGCAUUCAGCUCUACAAAGUCAGCCUGUGGAUGGUGCAGACUGGGUGAACCUUUUUGUUAGAGAAAUGUUGAGUGCCUCCAACAUGGAUGAUGCUCGAACUCGUGCUUCAAGAGCACUUGAGCUGUUGGAGAAAUCCAUAACUGAACGUGUCACUGCAGAUGCAAGCAGCCUUCAGCAGGAUAAUGUGAUGAUGAAAGAACAACUCCAAGUGGUAAUUCAGGAAAACGCGCUCUUGAAACGAGCUGUAACAAUUCAGCAUGAACGUCGAAAAGAGUUCGAGGAUAGGGACCAAGAAUUGCAUAACCUCAAGCAGAUGGUGUCUCAAUACCAGGAGCAGCUGAGAACUCUUGAGGUGAAUAAUUAUUCUUUGACGAUGAACCUGAAGCAGGCUCAACAAGGUUCACCCUCAUGUGUUUCGGUUUUAUUAAGCACGAUGACAGAUGCCAUCGUAUCGUAUGUUACCACCGUUGUCUUUGUCCCCCUCUCGGUUUUAAACUCGUUAUAACUUAAUUGUUUGUACA